CUCCUCAUUUUGCCGAGUUGUCCAGUAAAGCUGCGCAGACCGACUCUAGGAGUCAGGACAACAACCAAUCUCCGGUUGGUUGCUGUUCGACAACCGAAACACAAGCAGGGAUGUCGGAGCCUGCAGAUCGUAGAUGUUCCGUCUCGUCCAUCUCUCUGAUUGAGAUCAAGACUGAGACGCAUCGAGUCCUCCAGGCUUUUCUUGAACGAACCAUCUCUACCCCCCACAAAGACAGGCCUGGCAGGAUAACAGGAGCCUAUGAUGAUCAUAACAAGCACAGCUCGUCGCCACAGUCUAAACGAAAGGAUGGAGCAGAUGCUCAAACGGAAAAAGAAGAUGACAAGAAGACUGAAAUCAAGGACCUGAUGAAGAGGUCCAUUAUCCGUGGGAAAGGCUCACUGGGCCGGAGCAGCAAGCCCAAACAGUCCCACCCUGCAGAAGACAGCCUCUCGCCCUCCUCAUCUUCAGAUGAAGAAGAAGUUGAAAAAAUGAGGAAGCAAAGACAAGUAAUCAAAAGAAAGAUUGCUUCGUUUUUCAAAAAGAAAUUAAAGGAGAAUAAAGAGAAGGAGAAAGAACAAAACAAGAAAGCGGCAGCAGCAAACGAGCCCAUCGCUCAUGAUCAACUUCCGGAGUUUUAUGAUGAAAUAGUUCAGAAGCUGGAAGACAUCAUCAAACAGUCCACCAAGAUAAAGACGCCAAGCCCAAAAGUAAAGCGACUUCCAGUGUAUGAUAAUGAAGUCGUGGUUCAGCAACUGGUGAAGCUGCUGAGUUCAGAAGGAGAUGCCAUGAACACUAAGAUCCAGCAGGAUCCAGAGCUGCGCUCCAAACUGUCUCGUCUUUCAUACAGAUCGUUUGAGCAUGUUCUAGACAUCUUCGGCAGGAAUCAGGUAUCUGAAGACCCCCCACUGAAACCGUCGACCAGUCCAACACUACAGCGAAUAGCCAUCUCCAUGGAGGUGUCCCGGCGCAUGGUGACGGCCACAGGAACGCAGCGGAUAGAGGGCUACGCAGAGCGCUACAUGGACAACUUUAUCCCCUGGGUCAAAAGUCAUGGAGGAUGGGGAAAGGUGCUGGAUAUAGACAAGACUGAGGAGUGGGAUUGAUGCCAUGAAUGUGUGUUUAUCAUGAACCAUGGCUCAAAUGGAUGAUGUCAUCUAAAAUGGUCCGAGGAGCUGACCAGCAGAGUUUAAUCUGACCAGUCACAUUACAUAGACGUGGUCUCUUUGGUUCCUUCUGCACCAGAGUGCUUCCAGUUGUUGUUUUACAUUUAACCACUCAACCAGGGACCAGCUUAUUGUCACUGCUGCUACUGGCCUUUGUUUUCAAGGACCUGCUAUCCUUGAAACUAAAACUAAGUAGCUAAAUCCAUUUUGUUGUGGAAAAACAAAGAACAAAAACCAAAUCGACUGCU